GGCGUUCUGUCGGGACUAACACACACACACACACACACACACACACACCGGGAGGCUUGCGCACCAUGAGCGACUCUACUACAGAGGUGAAGGCGUGUCCGUCUCUGCCCUCUGAGCGUGUGCUCCGCUCUGGUGCUGUCACAUUCCCUGGUGUGUUUGAUCAGCUCGGCUCUGCACUGCUCAUCUUCCCGGCUGAAUCUCAACAUAAACUCCUGUGUGAUGUCACUAAAGAGGAAGUGGCCGAGUUUGUGUUUUACUGCCUGCGCCUGCACAAUAAGGGCAGGUCGGAGUGUUUGGUGUCGGUGCUCGCUGAUCUGAGAGACGCUUCACUGGCCGUGACGAGACGCCUCGCGGAGAUCCUGCUCCUGCUGCAGCUCCACAGGCGCACCGUGCACUCCUUCUACGCCGUUCAGCCCAAAAAGCGGGACGUCCAGAAGCUGCUGCAGAAACUCCUGACGCCGUCCAAGCGCUCGACGCCGCAGAUCAAGUGCGUGUUCCUUAGGGAAGUGUUCGAGCUGAGUAACUACGUGGAUCGCAGUCAGCUGACCUCUGACCUCGGGGGAUAUUCCAUCUACAGCCAUGAAAGCUGGGUCUCCUUCGUCAAGGAGAUGGACGGCUUCGUGCAGGAGUUCGUGGCCGUGGUGAGGAAGCUGCCGGUGUGUAUCGGUGCGCUGCAGGACGUCUCUAACCUCCCCGUCCCUCAGGAGUACGAACCUCUGUCCGUUUUCUGCUCCACUAAUCAGGCGAGACUCGAGCGUCUUCGCAGGGACCUGGGUCUGGACGCCUUGUUGAGGAGCUGUGAGUGUGUGCUGGAGAAGUUUCGUUUCCCUGAGAAAGAUCCGUGUUAUCAGGCCAUGGUGGGAACUACCCUCUUCACACACACUGCGCUGGAGAUGCUGCAGAACUACGAGAGAAUCCGGACGGCGGUGGACAAAGUGGAGUUGCUGUGGACACGCGUCUUCUCCAGCGCUCAUCAGAGACUGCACGUCCUCCAGCUUCAGAGAGACACACAGCAGGUUGUGUGUGAGAUGGAGUGUGUUGUACAGAAAAUGCAGUCGUACACACCCGAGACACUUCGAGACCCCGACAGUGCUGAAACCGCGCGUCUGGAGUUCAACACGUCUGUUCACACACGUGCUACGGCUCUGGUGCAGCGUGCUGAGGAUCUGCUGAAGUCAGAGACUGUGGUUUCCACAAAGAGUCGGGAAACAAACGGGUGGAUAGCCGAGCUGGAGAGACAGACGGACCAGCUCAGAGCGGCCAUGGAGCUCCAGAACCAGAACCUGAACACCGUCUGCACCUUCCAUCACCGCUACCAUAAAAUCCAAAGGUGGUACCAUGUGGCAGUGCGUGAGAGCUUUCUUCAGGACCUCCUGUGGAGAACGUGCUCAAUAAAGCAUGACAAUCGAGAUACCGUUCUCUCACUUGAGCAGGAUGACGUCUUAUCUGAGAUUGAGGAGUUUCUCAGGAUGCAUCCUCCUCCUGAAGUGGAUGAGCUAAUGCAGUUGGUGCACCUGGCUAAUAUUGUAGCUCAUUCUGACCUACAGAAUGCAGGAAAGCAGCUUGUACAGAGGUGUACAAGUUUACGCAAGCUAUUGGUAUCUCCUGGUUCCGCCACAUUUCGUGACCUCCAGCCUGCUCUCCAGUGGCAGUACGAGUAUCUUAAGGGCGGAAAUGAGUCGGUGGAUCCAACCCCCGAUGUCCGUACUCUGAGAAACAUGUCUUCUCGGAGCGUCCUUGGAGAUUCAGACUUCUUGCCACUCUCUGUAAACUGCAACGGUUUGACAAGACCUGAUGGUGCAGGUUAUCCUCCGCUACUUCAGUCUGGAGCAAAGCCACCCUCGCUUAGCUCCUUUGACUCUGGGUUUGAUGGAGCAGGAAGUAGUCAUCUUGAAACAGGAGCCGGGAGGACAUGUCAAGGUGAGGCGUCCAGACGUCCAAAAUCUAGUCAUCUUCGUGUCGUUGAGGAGAAUGCUUCCAGCGUAUCUGAGGGUCUAGCUGAGGAAAAGUCUAUUAGAGCACCGAGUAUCCACAUCAUCCCAAGUGCAAACGGAGACUCUUUAAACUUUGAGAUCACAGUAAAACGCUCGGCCACGCUUCCUAAAAACCCUUGGCUGAGUCUUCCUGUAGAUGAUCUGGAGAACUGCUACACGGUCAUCAUCUCUCCCUCCAACCAAAAGGUGACUAAGAGCUGCGAUCAGCUAACGCAGACCGUCGAUACAAGCGUGUGUGAUGUUCAGGAUCAGAGUACAGAGUGGAGCCCCAUCCGCAAUGUUCUUUCCAGCACCCUUACAGACAAAGGGCACGGAGCUGAAACCUCAGAGACCAUGCCCACUCUCCUCUGGGACUCGUAUGACCUCCAUGAAGUCAUGGACGACUCGGACACCACGUCACUUGGUGAGCCGGAAUCCGGAUGGAUAAUGAAGGAACAGGAAGAGCUCAGAGCCGUGGAGGAAACAUUGAGCCGAGCAGCUGGAAUACUGCGAGAAGAAGAGAACGUUCUUGCUCAGGAGGAGAUCUUGGAUGUCUUGCUGGAAGCGGAUGAUCCAAACAGAUUGUGGUCCUCAUGGAGCAAAGAUUGCAAAUUUACUCCGAUGACGUCCAGUGAUUUGGCUGAAGCAGGUGUGAUCGGAUUAGAGGAUGACUUUGCCUCGCUUGAUUUUGGACCUGAGGCCGCUUUGUGUCAGGAAAGUCGGAGAGUUAUCCAGUGUGGUAGCGAUAGUCCAUCUGAACCAAGUUCUGAUCCGCUCCUUUGUCUUGAGCUUGGAUACAGUUGUCCUGAUAGAUCCCUGCUUUUGAAAGAAAUGAAAAAUUUGAAGGUCUUGGAGGAGAAGAUUGUUGAGGAGAACCUGAAAAUCAAUGAGUUGCGCUUCUGUGGUUCUGAAGAAAGAAUGUCCCCUCGGAUCCUCGGUGAGGACCGGAAGACGUUCCUUGGGAAACUGGAGCAAGAGAAGGGGGUGGAGGAGAUGCAGAAAAACCUAAGCAUGGAGAUGAAAAGCAAGCUAAAGCGACCGGGUAGGAGUCAUAAAAUUGUGACGUGUUCCAUUUUGGGAAAAUCUUCAGCGUUAAGGAAGGGUGAUGAAGCUCUCCUGAUGAACUGCAGAAGAUCAGGACGAGAUGUGCACAUUCUCAGUUAUGAGCAGAUAUCUUUAGAACAACCCACUUAUCCACAAACUACAGACAUGUCUGCAGAUAAUCAUGUUGACUGUAAAUGUUCUGUUCCAGGAGAAUCCGUUAAUUCUAAACGUUCUUUGACCAAUGAUCAGCAGAACAUUGACACUACUGCAUCAUCCAUAUCCACAUGUGCGCCUUCUGUCAUGGUAGAUGGUGAUAUUGAGACAAACAAGAUGCCAGUCUUGGUGUCGUCUGUCUCAGAUCUUAUUGACGUUCAUGUUCCUGCUGUUGGAGAACCAAGGAAUCUGUCAGAUCCUCUUUAUACGAGAGAAGAAAAGUGUUUGCACUUGAAUCCUUCAGAACACGUGAAUACAACUGAACCUUGUAAUGAAGAUCCCAGGGUGAAAUCUUUAGCAUCAGACGAAGUAUCGACUCCUGCUUUUGAUCCUGGUGGUCCAAUGCCUCUUCCUCGAAAUUCUAGACCAAGUAAACGGAUAAGUGCGGAUUCAGAAGAAAAUGCAUUCAGUGCUGUGAACCAGACUGACGCUUCCACAUAUUUGGCGUCAUUUGUUGGUCUGAAACCAAAAGAUCCUCCAUGUAAAGAGUCAGCAAUAGACCUGCGCCACCAUAAUACCAACAAUAACAACCUUCACACUGUGGAUCUUCACAGUGUUGGUUCUGAGAAUGUACCCGAAGAACCUACAAGAUUUGAAAAUCCAGCUGCAUCGUGUGACAGUAAGAUCUCCAGACCUCAGUCACCUCUACUUGAAACAUCUGAUCCCUGUGGGCCAGUGGAGAACCAUGAGCUAGAAGUUUGCGAUGCUGAAAGUUCCUUAACGAGACGUUUCUGCAGAUCAUCAGUUCAGCAACAGCUUCAGAUCAACACUAGAGAGAUGAGUGAUUUUCAGACCCCAGUGGUGUUGGACACUGGUUCCAGUCUGGUGAAAGCUGGCUUUGCAGAUCAGGACCUGCCCACCACCAUCUUCCCCACGGCGGUGGGACUGCCCAAGUAUGAGGAGGUGAUGAGUGGCAGUGUGGAGCGCGGUGUGUAUGUAGGACACAACGCCCAGCACAUGAGGGGUGUGUUAACUCUUCAUUACCCCAUGAGAAGCGGUGUGGUGUCCAACUGGGAUUACAUGGAGAUGAUCUGGAGCCAUGCCUUUGAGCAGUUGCGAGUGUGUAGUGAGGAUCACCCCGUGAUGCUGACGGAGGGGGCGAUGAGCGCACACGAGAACCGCCAGCGUUCCAUCCAGCUGAUGUUCGAGUGCUUUAAUGUUCCGCUGGCGUACACGGCCAUGCAGCCUGUCCUGGCACUGUACGCUACGGGACGGACCACUGGUGUGGUCUUUGACUCUGGAGACAGUAUGAGUCACAGCGUCCCUGUGUUUGAUGGUUACUGUCUACCUCACGCUGUUCAGCGCUUUAAUCUGGCAGGAGCCGAUGUCACACUGCACCUCAAACAGCUGUUGACGGAGCAGGGUGUGUGUAUGCGGACGUCAGCAGAGAUGGAGAUUGUGCGCGAGAUCAAGGAAAGGUGCUGCUGUGUUGCUCUGAACUAUGAGGCGGAGCUUGGAGGAGGAGGCGUGGCCAGUGCACAGACACAAUACAGUCUGCCUGACGGACAUGUAGUCUCCUUGACGACGGAGAGGUUCAGAGCUCCAGAGAUCUUGUUCAGGCCCGAACUGGUCGGUCAGGAUUAUUAUGGGAUGCACGAGAGCAUUUUCAGAUCCGUUCUUCAGUCGGACAUGGACCUGCGCCGGGACCUGGUGGGGAACAUCGUGCUCUCGGGUGGGAACACGCUGCUGCCCGGACUUCCCGAGCGUCUGCGGAGCGAGAUCCGUCGUCUGGCUCCUGCAGGUUUGAGCGAGAAAGUAAAGGUCACGGGUCCUAGAGAUCGAGAUUUCUCCGUGUGGAGAGGAGGAGCCGUGCUCGCCAGCAUGCCCUCGUUCUCCUCCGCCUGGAUCAGCCAGGACGAGUACGACGAGUUCGGACCUCAGAUCGUCUUCAGGAAGUGUUUUUGAAGCUUUCGGGAGAGUUCAGGACUGCACGAGGGUUCUCCUCCUCGAUGGGAGGAGUUAGAAGUGUGCACCAGGUGUACAAGGUUUGGACAAGAACUUCACAUGCACGGUCAGGAAGUGUUCAUACCCGUGAUCACCUUCAGGGACUCGAGCCUCCUUUAAAAUAAAAUGAAGACUUCCUGGUGAGACGGGUCGAGCAGGUCGGAGGUUCUGACUGAAGUGCGACAUUUCUGUGCAAAUCAGGAUCUGGGGGGGCGGGGAUUAAUUCCUGAAGUGACGUAUCUAUAUAUUUUUAAGAGUGUUUUCUAUGUCUGUGUUCAGUGAUGAGCCUAAAUCAAAUAACAUAUUUUAUUAUUAUUUUUUUGUGUAUUUUAAUUACACACCCACAAAUUGCUUAAAUAUAUAUUUUUAUAAUAAUGAAAUCGGCUCGCUGAAGGAUGAAGUGUAUUUAUGUGAAUCUUAAUUUGUCAGUGUUUCCAUGUUGUGGUGCUUUACAUGAGGACGAGGAGUCAUGAGUGUGUAGAGAUGAUGAUGAUGAUGAUGAUGAUCAGCGACUGGU